ACACAACAAAUCCAAUUCAUUCUCACUAAGGGGCACAAACCCAACACCUCAUUCAGUUCAAACAAUACCACCAUGAUGCAUCACAUUCUAUUAUUUCAACUUUUGAUAGUAGCUUACUUUAGUGGUUCUCAAGCUGAAAAUGCCUUCUCAAAGUAUUGGGAAGAGCAUAUUAGUCUUCCACAACCUCCACACUGGUUUUCUUCAAAGGCUUCUCCAUUAAGCCCCCAUCAGGUUGCAGUGUUUACAAAACUUAUACAGGAAAAUGAAUUGGCUUCCCACCUACGUUCAUUCUGUGAGCAGGCUAAUAUUGCUUGUUCUACAAAUGAAUUGGUGAAGACGACAAUGGAAAACACAACUCUGCCACCAAUAGCCAGGUGGAAUGCUGAGAAAGAGAAGUAUGAUGCAGUAGCAGCAAUACCCCUAUCAGUUGCCAAGCAAGGAGGAUUGCCAUAUUUUCGAGCAUCAAUGGUGAAAGAGGGAAGUGUCAUGGCUAUCCCUGAUCUAAGGGACCAAAUGUCAUAUAAAUCAUUCUUGCCACGAUCUUUGGCAUCAAAAAUCCCAUUUUCCUUUACACGGAUGGAGGAAUUGAAGAAUAUUUUUGGUGUGGUGGAUGAAAAGAUGAGUGAAUUUAUUCAAGAAGCCCUUGAGGUAUGUGAGAAAAGCACCAUUCCAGGAGAGCCGAGAAUUUGUGCAACUUCUGCAGAAGAUCUCAUCGAUUUUAUUGUCGAGAAUCUAGGGCAGAGUCUAUCUAUAUGGAGUACUGAGAGCAUUGAAGGAUCUUAUGAGAAUGCCACAAUUGGAACUGUGAAAAUCAUCUAUGAAAACCUUUCUCAACCACCAGCCUUAUGUCAUAGUCAGCCAUUCAUAUAUCAAGUCUAUUUUUGCCAUAUUUUACCAAAAGUAAAAGUAUUUGCAGUUGAUAUACAUGCACAAAAGAAAGUGAAUCACGCGAUCAUGGCAUGCCACUAUGACACAUCAACUUGGGAUCCAAAUCAUAUUGCUUUUAAGCUGAAUGGUUUUGGUCCUGGCCUGAUUGAAGUCUGUCAUUGGGUAAACGAAAAUGGAAUGAUUUGGACAAAGGCUAUAUAG